AUGUCUAAACCAAUGGAUCACGUAAAACGCCCGAUGAAUGCCUUCAUGGUUUGGUCCAGAGCGCAGAGAAGAAAAAUGGCUCAGGAGAACCCAAAAAUGCACAACUCCGAGAUCAGCAAAAGAUUGGGAGCGGAGUGGAAACUUCUCACCGAGUCAGAGAAAAGGCCAUUCAUUGACGAAGCUAAACGACUGAGAGCCAUGCACAUGAAGGAACACCCUGACUAUAAAUACAGACCUAGGCGGAAGCCAAAGACUCUGAUGAAAAAAGACAAGUUUGCCUUCCCAGUGCCCUACAAUCUUGGAGAGCACGACGCGCUUAAAGUUAGCGGUCUAUCUCAUGGAGCACUUCACGAGUCCCUAUUAGGGAACCCAGACAAGGCAGCAGCGGCAGCGGCGGCCGCAGCAGCGAGAGUCUUCUUCAACCCGUCCAUGACCACGAACCCCUAUUCAUUUUUUGACCUCGGGUCGAAGAUGUCAGAGCUUUCCUCUCCAUCGUUUCCUUACCCAUCUCUGGGGUACCCUGGUGGCACGGCUUUCUCUGGAACUGGUAGUGUUGGUGGAACACACACUCACACUCACUCUCAUCCAGCCCCGGGCAACCCAGGCUACAUGAUCCCCUGUAACUGUACGGGCUGGCCCUCUGCGGGUCUUCAGCCACCGCUAGCCUACAUCCUGCUGCCUGGCAUGGGCAAACCUCAACUUGACUACCCUGCAUAUGCAGCGGCAUUAUGA